AUGGAUUCUUCUUCUGCCUUUAACAAUUACAUCGUUGACUCCGCUAUGGGGCCUACCUGCAGCCGGCAAGUUCCUCCAGGCUUCCUUUGGCGUGCCCGCGCGCAGCGGGCACGGUCACUCCUGUUCCGUCUGGCACCUAAUACGUGGUUUUGCCAAGUUUCCCAACAUGUAGUCCAUUUCCGAACGGCGGGUUCAUCAAUGGAUUCGGCUCAAUGGUCUAGUGGUAUGAUUCGCGCUUCGGGUGGACACCCACCGCCUGUAAACAGGCAAGAAGAUGUGCGAGGUCUCGGGUUCGAUCCCCGAUUGAGCCCCUCUCUAGAGUCCAUAACUUUUGCUAUUUACUUUUCAAGCUCGACUCCCAAAUCCCCUGUACCCUACGACUUGGAUUAUAUCGCAGAGAUUUACCAGCCCAAGGGCAAGUAUAUCGCCCCCCCAGUCGCUUACGCGUACCAGGGAGGAGAUUUCUACCAUCAAGCGCAAGGUCAAGCAACAACUGGUGGCACUGCGUGGGGUCUUACCCACGCAGGGUCAGUGGUGUGCGCAGUCUGGAAGAAGUGGGCCCGGAACCCCGGCCCGGGACCGCAACACGACCCCAGCAUAGAGAGGGCGUUAGACCGCGCCAUCUUCGAAGACCUCCGGUACAUCGGGGUUCCCCUGUUCAAGUUCUACAAAGCGACCGGCAAGUGCUUCUGGUUGCUUUACAACCGGACCCUCGGGCUCUUCACGACGCGGUACGAGUCCGACCUGGACCCGAGGACUAUGAUGAAGCUGGUCCAGUUUUUUCUGAGCCCGUACCAGAAGAGGAACUCCCCCGAUGACAUUGUCCAAAGCAUGACGACAGAAUGGCAGAGGCUGCGGAACAAGAAUAGGAGGGCGGUGAAUAGAGGACAGGAUUCAGCGAAGGCGUACAACUUGGAGACAUUCCUCAUCAAAUGGGUUCGGGGACACAUGGGGGCCCAACAUCUGGCUGCGGCUUUGAGGGACCCUCGUGUCAAAGAGGCCUUGGAAACUGCGGGCAUCAAGAUCACCGACACUCAAGAAGAAGACGGCGAUGUAUUCCGUUCUUCCACUAUUCGCAAAGAAAUGAAGGCACUCUUGACGACAGAUCCAUUCAAUGACUUCAAGCCGUAUGCGGGACAAGACGACAAUGCCGCUACCAUUGCCGAUUUCUGUAGCACCUCUUAG